AUGACUCACAGAGCAGAGGAAAAUAAGCAUCUAUCUAUCUAUCUAUCUAUCUAUCUAUCUAUCUAUCUAUCUAAUUCUAUUCAUUAUCUAUCUAUCUAUCUAAUUCUGUUCAUUAUCUAUCUAUCUAUCUAUCUAUCUAAAUUAAUGGCAGAACACAAGGAUUUCUUUUCUUCCUUCUUUCUCGGUAACUAUACCCUUUUUCUUUUCCGUUUAUAUUUAUUUUCGUAUUUUGUAACUAUACCGUCUUUCUUUUCCGUUCUUGAGUUAAUCUCGCUUCUUCUUCUUUUUAUUCUUCUUCUUUUUCUUCUUCUUCUUUUUCUUCUUCUUCUUUGUCUUUUAUUAUUUAUUGUUACUUUAUUUAGAUUUUGUAAUCAUCUUGUUCUUUCUUCUUUUUCUUCUUCAUCAUUUUCUUCUUUAUUGUCUUCUUCUUCGCCGUUGUCUUCUUUGACUUUUAUCAUUUAUUCUCUUUUAACCUUAUUCAUCAUCAUCUUCAUCUUCUUCGCUGUCUUUUUCUCUGUCUUUUAUUAUUUAUUCUUUUUUAAUCUUCUUCCAAUGCUUAAGUCUUGA